AACAAUUCAUUACUACACUCAACUGUAAACUACGACUGUUCUAAUCCAAACUCUCAACUCUUUUUUUUUGAAGAGGUGAAGUGGUGGUUCUAUCCUGGUUCCUUAAAAUAACAAUAUCAAUAGAAAAAAAGUACAUAUUUGAUGGAGGAGCAGAAUUUGUGAAAAAAACUUCACCAAACUCCAUAGAAGAAGAAGAAGAAGAAGAAGAGUAAAGAGAAGAAGCAGAAUGCAGAAAUUGGCGCCUCAUAGACCAAUUGUAUCAAGAACAAAGCUUCCCUUGUUAGCUGUGGUAGACACUGUACCAUGUUGUGCCACUCUCUCUAAAAAGGCCAUUUUAACUUCUUUAAGAUGUAGAGAGCUUUCAAGAUCUUUGAGUGGCUCGGUUCGAGUUCAAGCAUCUAACGUCAGUGUUGGAUCUGGGGAAUAUGAUGGAAGAGAGGAUAAAGAGAACAAGAAACUAUUUGCCACAGGAUCCUCUAGUGACAAUACACCUGACAUUCAGAAGCCACAGAUCCAAAUUCCUUAUCCUGUCGCUAUUGCUCUUGUGCUAGUUGGGUGUGGUUUGUUAUUUUCACUCAUUGCCUUUGCGAAAGGAGGACCGUCAUCAAUUUUAGCAGUAAUUGCAAAGUCAGGCUUCACCGCUGCAUUCUCGUUGAUAUUUGUGUCUGAAAUUGGGGACAAGACAUUCUUUAUUGCUGCACUCUUGGCCAUGCAAUAUGAGAAAGGGCUGGUUUUGUUGGGUUCAAUGGCUGCUCUUUCGCUAAUGACAGUUCUUUCAGUUGUCAUUGGGCGGAUAUUUCAUUCUGUACCAGCUCAGUUUCAAACAACCUUGCCAAUUGGAGAAUAUGCAGCUGUAACUCUCCUACUGUUCUUUGGCAUCAAAGCAUUAAAAGAUGCAUGGGACCUUCCAUCCAGUGGUGCCAAGAGCGGUGACAACAGCAGUCCUGAACUUGACGAAUAUGCUGAAGCGGAGGAGCUUGUGAAAGAAAAGGCGUCAAAACGGCUCUCCAAUCCACUUGAAAUUAUUUGGAAGUCAUUCAGCCUUGUAUUCUUUGCUGAAUGGGGAGAUCGCUCAAUGCUGGCAACAAUUGCUCUUGGUGCCGCACAGUCUCCGUGGGGGGUGGCCAGUGGAGCCAUAGCAGGACACUUACUCGCUACCGUCAUUGCAAUCAUAGGAGGGGCAUUUCUUGCCAACUACAUUUCUGAAAAACUGGUUGGCUAUUUGGGAGGUGUACUGUUUCUAGUUUUCGCAGUGGCCACAUUUUUUGGAGUUUUUUAGAAUAUUUUUUGAGCCCAUUUGAGGGGAGAGAGAUCUCACUGCACAACACAGAGAAUGUACAUGAAGAAGAAUUAUUCUGCUUUCUGAGCUCUUUUUGUUUAGUAGGAAGGAGGCAUAUGCACAUUGUUACUCUUUAUAUGGCUCAAAUCAAGGUUUUGUCACUUUCUUGUAUCAGGAAUUCUCAACAAGGAGAAAAGGCUCCUCUUAUUGAAAGUUCUAGACUAGUUAUUUUUUGACUAAUUGAAAAUAAAAUUUGCAUUUUAGAAUAAACAAAA